CUGCUUUAUAUUUUACUUAUUAUAGCUUGUAACUGCUCUCAACUGUCCAAUCGUUGCUUCUUUGACCAGGAUCUAUUCGAGAGAACUGGCCACGGAGGGCACUGUAUUGAUUGCCAAGGCAACACACACGGAGUGCAUUGUGAGAACUGCGCCCCCAAUCAUUGGCGGCGACCUGGUGAGAACUACUGUGUGAGCUGCGGUUGCAAUGAGAUUGGAUCACUAUCAACGCAAUGUGAUAAUACUGGUCAAUGUUUCUGUAAGCCAGGUGUCGGUGGGCGUUACUGUGAUCAGUGUAUGGAUGGAUUUUUCGAAUUCGGCCCCAAUGGAUGCAAAGAUUGUGGUUGUGAAGUGGCCGGAUCCCAUGGAAAUCAUCCCCAUUGUGAUGCGGUUACUGGUACAUGUCGUUGUAAAUCUAAUGUUGAAGGACGUCAGUGUAACAAGUGCAAGCCGGGCUAUUUUGAUCUGUCUAAAGACAACCAGUUUGGAUGCACUCCUUGCUUCUGUUUCGGUCAUUCCUCUAUAUGUGCAACGGCACCCGGUUAUUAUGCGAUGAACAUCACUUCAGAGUUCGAUACUGACAAAGAAAAGUGGUCUGCGCAAUCACAUCAUGGUCUCCUUGAUGCGCAGUGGGCGGAGCUGGACCAUGCUGUAGCUGCAUCCAGUGUCGAUGAUGGACCAGUCCAUUUCAUCGCUCCGGAACAGUUCACUGGUGAUCAGCGUAGCUCAUACAAUCAACUACUAACCUUUGACCUCCGAGUGACAAAACAGGGAGCAAGACCGAGUGUGAAGGAUGUGGUCAUCGUUGGUGGUGAUGGCCAAGAACUGUCACUUCCGAUAUUUGCUCAGGAGAACCCAACACCUGGACCGGAGAAGCAGUCCUAUCGUUUCCGUAUUCACGCGGACCCUCAAUUCCAAUGGCAUCCUCGUCUCAAUGAAUUGGAUUUCAUCGGUAUUUUGUCCAAUGUUACUGCUCUGAAAAUUCGUGGAACCUAUUCGCAUCAAGAUGUUGGUUUCUUGUCGAAUGUUCACCUUGGAACGGCUGGAUUAGCGCCAACGGCAGAUCCUCGACCUGCCAACUGGGUGGAACACUGUGAUUGUCUCAGCGGAUUCGUUGGUCAAUUUUGUGAAUCGUGUGCUCCGGGCUACAGGCGUGAGCUCAAAUAUGGUGGGCCAUUCAAUCGUUGUAUAAAAUGUGAUUGUCAUGGUCAUUCGGACAGUUGCGAUGCUGAGAGCGGAGCUUGUAUCUGUGAACAUAACACUGCUGGCGAUACAUGCGAACGAUGUGCACGUGGUUACUACGGCAAUGCGCUGACUGGUACAGAUAGCGACUGUGAGAAGUGUCCUUGCCCCGAGGAUGGACCAUGUAUACUGCACACUGAUGGAGACGUCUUGUGCACGGAAUGCCCUCUGGGAUAUACCGGACGACGAUGCGACGAGUGUUCAGACGGGUAUUUCGGUAAUCCUAAGGACGGUAUUCCAUGCAAAGAGUGUGAGUGCUCAGGAAACAUCGAUCCGAAUUCGAUCGGAAAUUGUGACAAGGUCACUGGAGAGUGCAAGAAGUGUGUCUAUAAUACAUAUGGAUUUAACUGUGAAAAAUGUAAGCCAGGAUACUGGGGUGACGCACUGCUUGAGCCUAAGGGAGACUGUAAAGCAUGCAACUGUUUUGCUCCCGGAACUCGUCGACCCAUUCAUGAUUACACAGUUUUGGAAUGCUCACAAGAUAACGGACAAUGCGAUUGUCUUCCUCACAUCAUCGGAUUCCAUUGUGAUCAACCUGAGCAUGGCUACUACAACAUCAGCUCUGGCGUUGGCGGUCAUCCGUGCGGUUGCGAUCCUCUUGGAUCUGAAGACUCAUCUUGUGAUGUAGUGACUGGUAACUGCAGAUGCAAACCUGGGGUCACCGGAAGCACGAUGCGACCAAUGUGCGCCAUAUCACUUUGGUUUGGUCCAAAUGGUUGUCAGCCUUGUGACUGUGAAGUGAUUGGCAGCGAGAGUCGACAAUGUCUAUGUCGUGAUCAUAUCGAAGGUAGACGUUGUGACCAAUGUGUUGAGAAUCGGUACGACAUCAAAUCUGGAUGUCUUCCGUGUGAUGACUGUUACACGUUGAUUCAGACGAGAGUAAACGCGUUCCGUGACAGCGUGAAACAGCUUGACAAUACACUCAGAGAGAUUAUUGAGAAUCCAGCACCGGUCAAUGAUACCGCUUUCGACGAUCGCGUAAAACAAGUCAGCAAAGAAGUGCAAAACCUUGCCGAACUUGUCACGAAGAAACUAGAAUCAGACGAUUCUGUCUUGGUCGGGCAAGUCGCUCAACUGCGGAAAGACGUUGCGGAUGCUCUGGUGAACGUGCAAAGUGUAGACCAAAUGAUGGCAUCGGCUCGAGGAAAAGUGGAACAAACAGAAGUUGGACUUCAACGAUGGAAGAUUAUUAAUGAGCAGGCGAGACAUGAACUGGAGAAUGCUCAACAUUACCUGGAGACCGAGGGUAAAACACAGUGGGAAUUAGCCAAAGAAGCCAGCAAGAAGUAUGGAGAGCAAAGUCAGCAAAUGUCCAACCUCGCUCAAAAAACUCGUGAGGAAGCUGAUCGGCACGAGCAGCAGUCAAAGGAGAUUGAGAAACUUGCAGAGGAAGCUAACCUGAAUGCGAAAAAGGCACACAAAGAAGCUCGUGAUGCCAUCUACGGAGGCGAACAAGUUUCGCAGCAAAUAGCAGAAAUGGAAGAGCGGCAAAAACAACUGAACGAAACGCUUGGAAGGACAAUGGAGUUGGCUCAGGAACAGAAGAAAGCUGCUGCUACUGCGAAUCAGGCCGCUGCAGAAGCUCUAACAACUGUGGAAAGUCUUCGUCUUCCCAAUUUUGACCCACAACAGCUAAAAGCUGACGCAAAGGCAAUCAGUGAUGACGCUAAAGUGGCGAUCGAGAAUACCAAGAAGGAAGCGGAGAAUAACAAAGAAAUUCUGGAACAGGCUGCCAGAGCAGCUGCUGAGGCCAGAAAUGAGUUGCAGAGUGCUGAAGACCAGCAGCAGAUAUCCGAUGCCCUUCUUGCUGACGUCGAUGCUGCAAGAGCGCGAGCAGAUGAUGCGCUCAAAGUUGCUGAAAAUACUUUGAAAGAUGCCGAGAGAACUCUGGAAACUCUUAACGAGUUCAAUGAAAGAGUGGAGAAAUCUAAAGCGGCCGCUGCUGAACAGCUGGGCAAAUUGAGUGAGAUUGAGAAAGCAAUAAAGGAAGCUGAGGAAGUGACUGCGGAAGCUAAAAACGCUAUAGGGUCUGCAGCUGUUGAUGCGGCUCAAGCUAAGGACUUGGCCCGUCAGGCUGGCGAGGAUGCGAAGGUCGUCAGUGAGAAAGCGAAUGCGUUCCAAAACAUGACGAAGCAAACGCGGAAAUCGGCGGAAACACUGAACGCCGACGUAGAUCUACUGAUGGAAGAGCUGACGGAAACGAACUCCACCCUGGACAGUUAUAAGACUCAAGCGGAAACGGACAAGCAAAUGGCUACUGAGGCUGUUCGGAAAGCUUCAUUAGCUGAGAAAGCAGCUCGUGAUGCCAAUUCGACCGUGGCCGGUGAAACUGAGCAAAUCAAGAGGAUUAUCGAUCGAUUAAAUGCGCUCGAAUCAGUGAAGAACGCCGAAUUGGACGAGUUGGAAACUGAGCUAGACACUUUAGAUAAACUUCUUUCUCAGGCCGAUAUUGAAAGUCAGGUCCCUCAGCAUAAAGUAUCAAAAACGGAGGAGGAUAGACGUAUAACGCAAAUAAAGAACGAAAUCGAUUUACUCUCAAAAGAAGUACGAAAUUUGGAGGAAAUUCGCGAUGCAUUGCCGAAAAAGUGCUUUAACCAAGUGAAAUUGGAACAGGAAGGCCAGAAGAAGUGA